AUGAUUGAUUUUCCGAAUGUCUUCCGAUCAGAAUAUCCUCCCGUUUCUGAUAAUUUUCUUAUGGUAAUUGCAAAAAGUUAUAUUCUAUCAAACUUUUGGAGCGACCACUAUAUUGAAGUACAGCAGGCACUAAUGCAUAGUAAUGAUGAAAGAGUUGUGAAACGGCUUCAAGAACUGUUCAACAAAUCGAAUCAUCGUCUGAGAAUGUAUGGUAGUGCCGAAGAACUUGCUCAUAAUCUGAAAAUUUAUCGAAAUUUUCAAAAUUCACAAAGCAGGUUCACUACGAAUGCAUUGGAAUGUUGGAAUACAAAACCAAUUCUCUAUAGCGGGACGGACGGUAAACACUAUGUGUCCAAACAUGACAUGUUCGUACUCAUUCAAAAUCUGCCAUUGAAGACAUCUGACUCCGAGAGCUUAAAUUUGGUUGGAUACAUUUUCUUUCUUGGAUUGAAAACGCAUUGGAAAGAAAUACAAAAUUGCAACGAAUUUGUGAAGUGUGAUGAAUCGCUGCUCGAAAACCUUGGGAAAGACUUUCUUGAUUUUUUCAACGAAUUACGUGAUAAUGAAAGCCCUGGCUACUGUUUAAAAGUAGAUGCAGGAACCGUCGAAGAAGUUGUUUAUCAAUGGAAAAACUUGUUCGAAAACAAUACUUACGAAAACGAGUACACUGGACUUCUGGUUGACAGAAUAUAUCAGGAAGUACCAACAAAGUAUCAACAAGAGGUUUGGAAGACGAGUUUUAGACUGGCAAAGGCAUUACUUGAAAGUCUGAAUAGAGUGAUCACUGCACGUCCUUCCUGGUUUUUACCCUCUGAAGAAAAGUUAAACCGAAAAUUGAGAUUGUUCGAAGACUAUGGGCAUAAGUUUUUACUGGUACUGGAAGUAUUUAAAGUUGGUGGUAUAAAGAUGCUCGAAAAAUUCGGAAGCAGCCGAUACAUAUCAUACUAUGACGGACGUCCGGAAGUGAAUGGUUUCUUCACAAUCGAUUUCAAAACAUUCAAAUCAAAACUUGGAAAAGAAAUUGAGAGUCUCACAUUCAUCAAAACUCCUGUACUUCGAGCCAAACAUGCAGCAGUUCCUAUCAGUUUUACCAAUGUAGAACAUUGUACUUUGGCAAGUGAUGUUUUGUUUGAACUUCUUCGUGAACUCAUACUUGGUUACAAACUAUUUCAACGAACUGAAAACGAAAAGAAAGAAGGAAUCAUGCUGAAUCGAAUCUUCACAGAAAUCCUAGAUGAGUAUUUCCAUGUUCCGGAAGUACACUUCUUCAAUCAGUCGACCGUAGAAACUAUCAAAAACAAAUUCCAGUCUUACAUUUCGAGAGUCAAAAGAUCAGUGCAGAAAGAUGUCAGAAAUGCAAAAAAAGAUGGCUUUACUGUACAAAACUUGAAGAAUGAACUUGUUCAUUUGGGUCUUCAUUUCGAGUUUCCCGACAUUGGCGGCUAUGCCGAAAUGGUUUACAAAAGAAUUGACUCUUUAAAAACACGAGAAUUUCUUAGAACUUGUGAUUUGUUCGAUGCGGUGGAACAAUGUCAAUUGAUAUGUAUCAUGAAAAAGUAUGAAAAGUUGGCAGUCUACAUCCAUAAACACAAAUCAUGUCAUCGAGUUUGGACUCCUUGCAAGUAUUGUCAGACACAUAAAAACACAAAAUGGAACCGUUUUAUGCUGAAAGAUGUACGUUUGCUGGCGCGUAAAGUCAAGAAUCCAGCACACAGAUCAUCGCUCGAUCAACAAAUGGUUCUGCCGAAUGGAGUCAAUCUUGUGAGCAAUUACGAUUUGGUUUCAACUUGUAACGAUGAAAUUGAUGAGCAGAUAGAAAAUGGAACCGAUUUCUAUUUACUCGAUGUGAAAGACGUGAAAUCUCUUGCAACAUGUAACAACUCGUACGAUAAAUAUCUCCGUGAGAGUAUGGAGUCUAGACCACAACGUAAAAUUUAUCUUCGAACAUUCUCUGCAACUGUUUUCAAAGAAGAAGAAAAUUCGCGUGUGUUUGUGGAUGAAGUAUUUGAUAUAGUUAGAGUUAUCUUACAACAACAAGAAAUUGAUAUUGAAAGUUACACCGACAAGUUUUCUAAGUACUGCGAACAAUGGGAAGACAGCAACAUUCUGAAAUCAGAUAAACAAAAAAUGUUUUUUGAAACGAUGAGUUUGGAUGAUUUAAAAGAAGUAUUAGAAGACUUCAAUAUUGACAAGCGAUUGAUAACUAUAGUACCAGACAUUGGAUACGCCGUUUCAGUAAUGUUCAAAAUGCCACUGGACAUGGGCGAAUCUGUGUUGGCCAUUCGAAGUCCUAAAAUGUUUCAUCUUGUGCAGGAUCCAAACCAGACUAUUCUCCAACUUUUUCAAUCUGUCAUUUGCUAUUUGGAUAUGAGUAUCGAGUGUCCUCAACAUGGACGUGAGUGCAAAAUUAGUCUCAUGUGCGAAAUUGCUAUUUUUAUGGAAGCAAACAACUUACAUGAAACAGGAGUUUACUAUCGUAGUGAUUUUGUAACGGAUCAGAUCAAGAAUUUGCAAAAUCACUGCUUUUUCAAACUUCAAACCACUCAGAAGAGAAUUAUGGACAAGUAUUAUUCUACUCAUUUCAAACAACCAAUCAGUUUGUAUGAGUAUAUUCUGGACUUCCAAGCACUUAAAUUCGAUAGCCACGAUUACGAAAAAUCUGACCAUGCUGAUCAAAUUCUUAACAACUCCUACAUCACCGCCUGGAGAGCUCGAUUCCUGAUUCUACUCGAAAUCAGUGGAAGAUUUUUUCACCGAGAUGAUGAAAAGAUAAAAGAGCAUAAACAUCGAAUGUGGGAAGCUCUGAAUUUCAAACUUCCAUUUCUCGAUUGGGUAGAUCAAAAGGAUUUGUCGUAUGUCCUUUGGAGUGUUGACAAGUCGAAAUUAUCGUGGGCUGAAACGCUUUGGUUUGCUGAGCCGUGUGAAAUUGAUAAACUAGAUUCUCAUGAGUGGCUGAUUCAUAAUAAAAAUGAACGAGAAAAACUGAUCCGCCAGCGGAAGAAAGAGUCGAUGGGAAGAGCUUAUUAUGAUAUGGAGAACAGAUCAAUCAGACUGAUGCAUAACAUCCGUUCAACGGCAGUCACGAAAAGAAUAGCAAGACAAGAAGCAGCUAGACAAGGGAUGAAAGAACAUUAUAAUGAAAAUAAUGUUCCGAAAGUGGAAAAGACUGAAGAAGUUGUGGAGUCCAAGACUGAAUUGAAAAGUCUCAAGAAGGAAGUACCAGCGAAGAGAAUAAUUGAAUCAACGGAUCGAGCAUCGUCUCCAAUUGACUUCAAUUGUCAACCGUGUAUUGAAAAUAAAGAAAAACUUCAAAAAAUAAAUGAAAAAUUGAAUCUUGAACGAAACAAUAUCAAGAUAUUGGAUGAGAGAGUGAUAUCGAAUGAGGAUCAAAUUCUCCAAAUUAAAGAAAAAUCAGAAAAAGAGAAACAAGAACAGGAGAGAAAGAAAAUUGAGCUAUCUGGAAAAGAGAAUCUCAUUAAAAAUUUUGAAAAACAGUUGAAUACACAACAAAAGGAGUUUCAAGAACUUGAGAAAUUGAAAAAAGAACUGGAGAGAAGGCACGAGAACUUAAAUAGAUUGAAAAAUCAAAUAGAAAUUCAAGAAAACAAAUCCAAAGAAUCAGCUUCUGAAUUCCAACAACGAGAAACUAAACUGAAAAGAGAGCUCAACAGCAAAAGACAAGCAACCAAAAAUCUAAAUCGAGAAAUCGAGAAAUUUGUUGAAGGAAAUAAUGCUUUUGGAGCUACUGAGUUAGAAGAGGUGUUACAUCGACAACAGCAAGUGAAAAUUGAAAUCGCCAGGAAAAAACAUGAAAAUCAACAACUUCGUGAGAGGAACAGAGAUCUCGAAAAUUCAAAUCACGAGAAAGAGAUCAUUUACCAUUCUCUCUUGGAACAGUUGGAAUUCUCGUCAAAACUGAAUUUGAAUGAUCAACCAUCCACAUCUUCUUCUGUUCCACAACAGUCAGUACCUCAUCCGGUUCAUCUUUCCACAAUGAUGAGAAAUAUGUUGAAAUUGUUAGAAGAGAAAAAAGCAACUCUGGUGAAAGAAGACUCUCUGAAAAAAACAGAAAAUUUUGUUCAUAUUCUGAUGCUGUCUACUGACGACGAGGAAAAGAGGAAUCAUAUUGCAAAUAAAUUGAAAGACUUCCAAGCAGAUUUCACUGCUUACAUGAACGUCUUGAAUCAGAAUAUUGCAAGUAUUCAGAAUGGCAAUGAAGAUUCUAUGGCUGAACUCCCUGAGCUACCGAAUUUGGACACCUACUUGAAUAAUCCUGACAGAACUUUUGGAAGAAACUCACUUUCAGAUUGA